UAGGGUUUAAUUAACCCCUUUUUGACGUUCCUCCUUCCUCGCUUCUAUUGUCUUAUGCAUAGUGAAGCGUAGAACUCUGUUCCUCCCAUUCCUACAUCAUUUGCAUCUUCCUGUCUAUUUCGCUGUCUCAGUCGUCGCUUCCUCAACAUUGCUGCACUUAUGUUCUUCCAUAACUAAGGUGAUCAUUGAACAAAAAUAGGAUCGUUCCCAAGAAUAUCUAAAGAGGAUGGAGUUUUCAAAUGCUUCCAAGGACUUGUCAUCAGAAAUGGAGGUUGAUGCCUUUAGACGCCUUUUCCCACUUCAAUUUUUUGAGCGUCAUCUUGCUGAAUCUAUACGCCCUGAUGGUAGACCUCUCGGGAAAGCUAGAGAUACGAGUAUAUUUCUUGGUGCUGUUGCAUCUGCUAAUGGGUCAGCUCUUACAAAGAUUGGAUCAACUACUAUGUUGACUGCUAUUAAAAUGGAAGUUAUGACUCCCUCCUUGGAGUCACCAGACGAGGGCUGUAUAGCUAUCGAUUUCCACAUGCCUCCGAUUUGUUCUCCAAUUGUUAGGCCCGGCAGGCCUGCUGAAGCAUCACCAGUUGUGUCAAAGCAGUUGUCUGACACUAUUUUAAGUUCUGGAAUGAUUGAUUUGAAAGAAUUGUCCUUGGUCAAUGGAAAAGCUGCAUGGAUGGCUUACUUGGAUGUCUAUUGUUUGGAUGCUGAUGGUGCUCUUUUUGAUGCUGCUUUACUUUCUGCAGUUGCUGCCCUAUCACAUUUGCAAAUUCCUGCUGUUGCCAUGAAUGAUGAUGGCAAAAUAGUACUCAUGUCUGAAGAAAAUGGACAAAAGCAGGCCCAGGAGUCUGUUAAUAAGGAGAAGAGGAAGCUUACUUUAAGAAGUAUUCCAUUAUCAUUAACAUGCGUACUUCACAAGAAUUACAUCUUGGCAGAUCCUACUGCUGAAGAAGAAUCCAUUAUGGAAACCCUUGUGACGAUAGUUUUGGAUACAUCUGGUCAAUUAAUAUCUCUUUACAAGCCUGGUGGGCCAUUUCUUGCCUCUACUUCUGGUAUCCAGGACUGUGUCGCAUUGACCAGGCAGAGAGUAAAGGAACUAAAGAGCUUCUUGGACAAAGAAAAUUCUCCUAUGGAAGUUGAGUAGAAUUAUAAAUUAAUCUUCACUGUCUUGGAUGGUUAUUUAAUUAUCUGUACAUUCUGAAUCACUGGUACUGCUUCAUUUCUUUAUUUUUUUUGAAAAAAAUACUGUCACGAGUUUUAUACUAUCUGAGACAUUAUUUGUUCUC